AUAAAAGCCUCAACUGUCAAUUAGAUGACGGCUGAAUGCUGAUAAAAAAGCAUCUGUAGAAAUAACCUAUUUUAAAAAUAUUGGUGCCCAAACGAUAAUUUAAAAAAAAAACUAUAUUAAUAUGGUUUAAAAAAUCAGUAAACAAUGAAUUGCAUAAGACUACUAGGGUUUUGCAGAAAUCAAACAAAGCUAAGAAUCUCAUAUGCUUGCUACAGUGCACAGCAUCCCCUGAGGUUUUUAGAAACACAAGAUCGCUGGAGAGAUAAGGAUGGAUUGUCACGUAAUUGGAAUCUUAUUUACAAGGCACCUAUGGACAAAUCAAUAAACUGGGCUUCAACCUUUCUAACAUUUUCUUCAAGCUCAAUAGCAGCAGCUACCAUCUAUUAUUCAGCAUUUUUGUUUGAUAUAAAUACGAUAAAUGACCCAGUAGUUGUGGGAGAUGAUGUAGUGCUUGCAAAUAAUGCUACUGAAUGCCUUGUUUAUCUUACCUCAUUCUUUAUAUUUCAUAUAGCAGUUAAAGUACUAAUAUCCAAAUAUGUUUUGCGCUUGUAUCAAGAUGGGGACAAUUAUGUGGCUGUAUUUAGAGGACAUUGGUAUAAUUCUAUUUAUAAACACAAGUUUCAUUUAAAUGAAUUUAAGAAGUUAAAACCUACUUUAGUUGUAUCUUGGGGAGAUGCUAGAUAUGCACUUGGUAAAAAGCAUGGAAUCAUUUUGGAUAAUUAUUUCAAAACACCGGAACACUAUAAUAGCUUAGUAGAGAAUAAAAAAUAUGAAAAUAGUGAAUAGUUGUAGAUAUAUUGCCAUGUUGCAUAUUUGGAACUACAUAAUUAUAAAUAAAUUGUUUAAAGACUAA